GAUUUUUGACUCCCCCUGUCAUGGGUGGUUUCUUUUCUUUUCUUUUCUUUUCGGAGAGACCGUAUUUACUGUCAACGAAACAAUCCCCCCCUAAGUUAUUCUGAUCGGCACGACUAGGAUGAUUAAAUUUGAUUGAAUUUUUCAGUCUUUCAGGAAUAAACCGCGCUUCCGAAGCAAACAGAAAUUUAGUAUCACUCAUAGAUCUCGGUGCCCGUGGAUGGUGGGAAGAGUUAUCGUAUCAAUCGACCGCCGAUACUAUUAUACUCGAGGAUUCCACGGUACUGCCAACGAUGCGAAUCCUAUUUCGCCUUAAGGAAAGAAACAACGUCAACACAAUCCCUUCACUACCGAUAGGGGUGGCACUGACCUGGCUUUUAUCAUCCGGAGAACCGUGUGCCAACCGAAGCAGCCUUCCGGCAAAGAUGUAUUGGCAUAGCAAGGCGGCCUGCAACAUGCUCUCUGGAUACGCGACCUACGAGGAUUUUAUUCUGAGCUUGUUGAGGGGGAGGUUGACACGUACUGCAAGGGAUUCCUUUCUGGGGCUCGUCCGCUCGGCAAAAGUGCUUUGUGUAUCAAGACUUGGCGAAUGGUUCAUCCUCUACCGUAAUUGGUCAUCGAAUGCUGUUCUGUGCUAGUACUCGUACACAAGCGCGGGCUGGUUGAGCUCCUAGAUAGAUAAAUGUCUUCAAUCGCUCACCGCAGCUGCUCCGAGACAUCGAAUUCCUUGCAGGUUUCUGCUGUCACGAGUUAAGAAAAAUAGUCGCCUACAGGAUACUGGUGCUUCAAGAGAAUGCAUCUUGGGUGUGAAGCUGGCUCCGUUCGACCUUGUUGGUGGAUGCAUCUACGGCACGGGAAUUAUGAGAACUAUUCUUCCGACUCUGAACAAAACAUUACCAGUAUUCCUUGAUUCAGUUGUUGCCUGAUCUCUCCGCACGUGUUUACGGGCUCCCCCUGGUUGUCUGCUGGCUUCACAAAAUGAACAACUAAUCCAUGGUCUAGAUGAUACACCGCGCUCAUGCCUGUGCUGACUACGGUAUUUAACGUCGACGGAAGCGGAUGGGCGGCACGCGAUACAAACCCUUAUACCCCGAUUCUAAUCCUCACAGAGCCAUGGAUUUUAUCUCUAUCCCCUAUUUUCCUUUCCUCGCUUUACCUUUGCAAACAUCCACGGAGGCGAUACCAAAAACCACGAAAUGGCGACACAACUUAUCAUCCUCCCUCCAGAGCUCCUCGUCGAAAUCCUGCAGUUGCUCCCGGACUUCGCGACACUACACUCUUUAACCCUUGCUCACCCACGCUUCAAUAACGUCCUCCACGCGAACCCAACAACAAUAUGCUCUUCCGUAGCCGAAUCUGAUUUCGCGGAACUAUACCCGCUAGCCCUCUCCAUCCUCCCAGAACCAACACCCCCGGCAGCAAUUGGGAUAGCCGAGGCCACCGAACUUCUACAUACCCGGUCAACUUGCCAAAAACUAGUUGACGUCUGGAGAUGCUCGCUUUUGGAAACGCUCGGAUUUACGGAUGGCUACGGCGCGCCUAUACUUACUCGGGCGCAAAAUCUCCGAAUCCUCACGGCGACUUAUCGCUUUUGGCGGGUCGUCCGUGAACCACACUACGUGUCGGAGUUGGACAACCUUGCCAUACUUGAAAUGGCGGAGUUUGUGGAGUUAUUACAGGACCUACAAACUCUGGGAGGAAUGGGCGAUCGGGUGGAGGUUAUCGCGGCCAAAGUUUCACUGCAAAAUCGCGCGAAACAAUCAGGCUUGAAAGUUUGUGUGAUGGACCUUCGGUUGGUCCGAGAGUGGUUUGGGAAGUAGAAUAAUGGAUGAUGGAGUGGUCUGCUGCCUUUUUUUGCGUGUUUGCUAGAGGUUGUCGGUGGUGGGUAGAUGGAUGGAUAUAAUUUAAUGGUUCACUUAUCACACUUGAUGUGUGGAGUGCUGUACAGUACUCGUUCAGUG